UUGCGUCACAGGUAGAUGUGGACAGGAGUCGAGCGUUAUAAUUGUCUUCAGAGUAGUUGUUGGAAUUAUUUCGGGCUCAGUAUAUCAGAAGCUGAAGCGAUGAACGGUUUGAUUUUAAUAUCGUUCGCAUUAAUUGCAUCCGCCAUCGCCUUAACAGGUGAUGAGUGCCUUAAGCAACAUCAACAUGAACAAGACAAUUUGAACAUGGUGGUGACAUUCCACGAAGAAGCCUUCGGUCAGCACGACAUUACAGCCGUCGAUCGAUAUAUCCAUCCUGACUACAUUCAACACAAUCCAAAUCUCGCCGAUGGCCAACAGCCUCUCAAAGAUUUUCUCACCGCUUUCAAUGCUAAUAAGGCCAAGGGAGAACCCGUUGAUAUUCGCCAUUCAGCGGCAAGUGGAAACUUAGUUUGGAUUCACCUGAAAACGACCCAUUUCAGCGGCAAGCCUUUGGCUCUCGUUGGAAUUUUUCGCGUUGAGGAUGGCAAAAUUGUAGAACACUGGGAUGCAAUGCAGGAGAUUCCCCCAUUAUCGGAGAGUAAGAAUCCGCAUCCGUCGUUUUGAUCAUUUUAUGUGUUGCUACCAUUUGUACGUAAUGCUAAAUAAACUUGCAUAUCUGCCCAUUUA